AUGUCUUCCACAAAUACAGAAACUAUGUCUUCCAAAAGAAAGGCUUUUGAUGAUCCCGCCGCGGUCAAAACACCGUCAUCUCAAGCGAUCAAAUUCACUUCGCGCAAUCCACCAUGGACCUAUCUUAAGCUUCAGCUAAUCCACCAACCGGGCACAUCGACCACCGUCCAAUCUCAACCUCUUGACCCGCUCACAGCUCGAACGUACCUCAACUCUGCGCUCUCCCAAUUUCUCGGCUUGUCAGGCACAACCAUCUCAAUUGAUAUCCUCAAAAUAUCUCCCGAUUCUCCACAACAGAAGCCCGCAGAUAAAUUGGUCUGGGUGCGUGUCCCGCGCCAAGAUGCCCCUGCUGUCGUUGCGGCGGUGAGCUCCUGGAUCGGAGGAGGCAUCGGCAGUGGCUCGGUGGGUAGUGUCGCAUGGAGGGUCUGUGCUAAGGGCAAUUACCUGGGAGCUUUGACUCAGGGGUCUGGAGAAGAUUUGUUCGUUCCAUGA